AUGGGAUUCCUAGACGACGCGACAAACUUUGUGAUCGACACGGUACAGUUCGUCCUCGCGGUGCUGUGGGUGCUCGUCCUCGUCUGCGCCGUGCUCACAGCGGCAUGGGCCAUCAUCAAGGCUUUUCUCUGGGUCAUCGGCGCCGACGCCAGCGCCAGCCCGCAACAGGCGCAGGCGGAUUCGCGGAGCAGCGUUGACGUACUGAGAGACAUGGAGCAGCGGCUCGUGCGCCACUGGGAGAAGUUGACGGUGCGGCUGGUCGCGCUCGACGAGGGGAUCGUCGGCGGGGCGGGGGGCAAGGCGGACGGCACGGGGGACGGCAGUGCCGAGCAGGGCCGCAAGGCGCCCGCCACCGACAACGCCGACGCCGACCAGCGCCCACGGCCCUUCGACACCACCACCCCCGACCCCGACCCCGCGCCGACGCCCACGCCCACGCGCGAGGCCAUCACCACGGCCCUCAAGGAUAUCGAGGACCAGCUGUAUGCCGUGCGGCGGAUGCGCGCGCCGCUGGGCAAUGCACCGGCGCGCGGGUAG